AUGCGAGAACCACGCACAACCCCAAAACAGAAAAACCCACACUCCCACAAUCAUUUCUUCGAUAGGUCACAGGGAUCCAUCAGACCGCUCUUUAGGCUUUUGCACAACGUGGGCGGUAUGAAAAUAUUACGGAUCACGACUAAAUUCAUCUCCAGCGUGGUCCGGCGUAUUACCGUUCCACGCAACCCUAAUUCAGGAUAUGAUGCGAGAGAAGGAACUUCAGAAGGGAAUGCAAAAGCAGAGAGACAAGAGCAAGAGACGGGAAAAGGUCGAGGAUUCAAGAACAUCCGCGUAGAUGAGAAAGAAGAGUAUCCAUCAUGUCAACAACAUCCGUGUAUGUCACGAUGA